AUGACAGAAGCAAAUGCUGUUAGCCCUGGACCUGGUGCUCGUGUUCAAGUGAGUGUUCGUAUUUGUCCUCCUCGAGAAAGUGAAAAGGUGGUUUUACGGAGUGUUCCUGAUGACAAAAAAGCUGUUAUGGUUGACCAUGGGGGGAGUAAGACUGUGGAUGUAUUUAAAUUUGAUCGUGUAUUUACCGGACCUCAGGAUGAGUUGUACGAUGAGAUUGGAAGACCGAUGUUGAAGGAAGCUUUUGGCGGAUUUAACGUCUGUUUAUUUGCGUAUGGUCAAACAGGAAGUGGGAAGACGCACAGUCUUUUUGGGGACUUGAACAGCAAAGAGAAUUGUGGUAUAGCUCCACGUUUUGUACAAGAGAUGAUUGAAGAGGCACAGCGACGUGUAGAAACCGAUAGUGGGGCAACAAUUAAGUUCUUCGUAACUAUGGUCGAAGUGUACAUGGAAAAGGUACGUGAUCUCUUAGCACCGCGAGUGCGGGGACAGGAGCCAGAGUCCCUUGAGAUUCAUGAGGAUAACCAACGUCGCGUUUAUGUUAAGGGAGCUGGUGUCCACCCUGUACUAACUUUAGAACGCAUGCUUGAACUACUAAAAAUAGGUAAUGCAAACCGUCAGACAGGGGAAACAAAGAUGAACGAGACUAGUUCGCGAUCACAUGCCGUUAUUCAAAUUACCAUUUCGCAGAAGUACGAGUCUUUGGAGAUGAGAGAUGUGGAAAGUGUGGUUUUGUUAGUUGACCUUGCUGGUAGUGAGCGUCAGAGCAAGACUGAAUCCACAGGAAUUGCAUUUGAAGAGGCCAAAAAGAUCAAUCAAUCUUUGCUAAUGCUUGGUCGGGCACUAAAUUCAUUCAGUGAUAGGAAAGGAGGUGAUGCCUUUAUAUCGUUACGUGCCUCGAAGUUAACACGAAUACUUUCAGAGAGUUUUGGUGGUAACAGUAAGACUUGGAUGCUUGCCACUGUAUCUCCUACAGCAUAUAAUUUGACGGAAACUAUCUCCACAUUGGAAUACGCUCAAAAUGCUAUGGCUAUCACCAAUAAGGCUAAGGUGAACGAUACAAAGAAGAAUGUUGAGCUAAAGCAACUCAAGGAGCUUGUAGCCUUGUUGGAAGCUAAACUGGAAACAGUAGCACUAGAGAAGCAGGAAAAACAAGAGGAAUUGAGUAAACUUACAUGGGAACGUGAUACACUCCGGCAGACAGUUGCUACGACUGAAACUAAUAAUACCACGAAAAGUAAAAUGGAGGAUGCAUUAAAUAGUAUAAGACUUAGUAAUAUUGCAUUGCGUAGGAGAGUAGAAGCUGCCUCUGAUGGUCUAGUCUCUUCACUGGACAACAAGUCUUCUUAUAAGUUUUUUAAAGGGAAAUGUGGUAUAUCGUUGGAAAGUGUUUUUCUGGGUAGACGUAGUUCUUUUUCUAUUGGAUUACUUACAGAUAGCGGAGUGCUGACUGAAGCUACACUUCACAUUCAAUUGUUUCCAUGUGGGUCACAUACUGGGUUACGAAGUGAUCCUAUGCAUUUGGUUGGUGAAAAUCUGCGUUUCUGUUUACAUGUUGUGGGGGCUACGGGUAUACCGAAGGCCUUCGGGGCUCAUUCAUUCUGUAAAUAUACACUUCUUUGUGACCGAGAAGGACGCUACUUCACUACUCCUACAGUAGCAAAUUCUUCAAAUCCUAAUUGGAGUUUUGCAAAGCUUUUUGAGUUUCCUAAGCUAACACCAGAGGUUAUAAAAUUCUUUUUUGAAAAACCCUCGUUUACCUUUGAGGUGUUCGGUUUCAGCGCAUGA